AUGUCGUCACAGCGAAUCGCAUCCCACCGAGAAAACGCUGAGAUAUACACCGGCGAUGCGAUAUGCAAACAAAAAUCUCGCGAACUACUUGAGAAAAUGAAUCUCCCAAAAGGGUUGCUCCCUUUAGAAGAUAUUCUGGAAGUGGGCUACAAUGAGAACUCCGGAUUCGUUUGGGUGAAGCAGACGAAGAGCAAGGUGCACCAAUUCCGUGCAAUUGGGCGCAGAGUAUCGUAUGAUACGGAAGUCACGGCGUUCGUUGAGGACCGUAGGAUGAGAAAGUUGACAGGUGUCAAGAGCAAGGAGCUUCUGAUCUGGAUCACCAUUUCUGAUAUCCACAUUCAGGAUCCCAGUUCUGGAAAAAUUACUUUUGGCACUCCUACUGGAAUUUCCAAAAAUUUUCCGGUGUCGGCAUUUGAGGAAGAAGAUGAAAAGGUAAAGAGUUGA